AUGAAACCUAUCGUGGAUAUGAAGUUCUUUCCUGGGCAUCUGGGCCUCAUUGAGGUGCUCACACUCUGUUCUCGGUUAAUGACCCUAUGGCAACUGCUUCAUAGUUAUUCCUCAGCACCUAUUCCCCCACAUAAAGUGAAUCCUCAUGGGACGUCGCCCAGGCUGGAGACAGACGAGGCUUGUGGGAUGCACCUGGCUGAUCACGCUGAGCCCAAUUGUCCAGAACUUCAAAAGAAUUUAAACAUCAACUUUCAUUUUCAGAUUCCCAUGAUGGGCAAAUUCUGUGUUGGUGGAAUCCAGUUAUAUGUGAACUCCCCCAUCCCAGACCUUGUUGUUUUAGAGAACAAUGACUUAAAUUUUACAAAGUCAUUUCAGCAUCAAAGAGUCCAUACCAGGGAGAAACCUUAUGAGUAUAGGGUUGAAAAAGCCUUCAGUCAUACAUCAUGCCUUAGAUAUUACAAGUGAAUUCAUACUGUAGAAAAACUUUAUCCUUGUAAUAAAUGCAGGAAAGAUUUUAGCUGUAUUUCAGCCCUUUUUCAGCAUCACAGAAUUUAUACUAGAAAGAAACCCUAUUAGUGUACUGAGUGUGGGAAAACCUUCAGUUGCAGCAGCACACAUCUCAUUGAACAUCAGGGGAUGCAUUCUGGAGAGAAAUCUUUCCAGUGUAAAGAAUGCAGAAAAGUUUAUCACAAUAUGUAAUUAACUGGACAUCAAAGAAUUCAUAUAGGAGAGAUACUUUAUGAAUGUAAUGAGUGUGGAAAAGCUUUCAGCCAUUUGUCAGCCUUCAUUUGUCACCAAAAUCAUACUGAAGAGAAACUCUAUGAGUGUAAUGAAUGUGGAAAAGCCUUCAACCAGAGUACACAUCUCACUGAACACCUAAGAAUGCACAUUGGAGAGAAACCCUAUGUUCAUAAAGAAUGUGGAAAAACCUUCAGCUGAAGUAUACAACUUACUGAACAUCUGAAAAUUCAUUCUUGUGAAAAACUCUCAUGUAAUAAAUGUCCAAAAUGGUUUUGCUAUAGAACAUCACUAAUUGAGCAUCAAAUGGCUCAUGCAGGAGAAAAACCCUGCCAAUGUGAUGAAUGUGGGAAAUCCUUCAGUUUAAGCUCAGCCCUCACAAAUAAAUGUACACAUAGAGGGAAGAAAUCCUAUCAAUGCAGUAAAUGUGGUGAUGUUUUAUGUCAUAAUACAUCUUUAAUCUGACAUCAGAUAACUCAUUUCAGAAACACAGCCUUGUCAGAGUAA